UGUUCACCACUCCCACCCAACUUCCCAUUUCCCAUCUCUCAUUUUUCUUCUCCUGCAUCAUCAACUCUCCAACCAUCAUUAAGCGUUCUCUACACACCCUGUUCACCAUUUUCAGCCAAGACAAUCAUUCACCCAGAGGUUAAUUCCAACCAUAUCUUAGGAAACUGCAUCUAUUUCAACGUUACGGCACAAUGCGGUAAGUAGGUCGAAAAGCCAGCCCUGCUCGAAGUAACCAGUAUAGUUACACACAUUCCUACGAGGUGGACUGGGAGUCAGAGCAGUGGUUGUCUGCCUGGCCGAAGCUGGUUGAGGAAGCCCCAAUGAUCUUUGAGGCUGCAGACGUCCUCAUAUGUGGCCCUGACUCCACCUAUAGAAACAUCACUCCCCCGAUUGCUGAUGAGCGACAAGGAAUCAUCUUCAAUGGCUUUGCUCAGGAGCGUUGCGAUUACUUGACCCUUUCCAGUGGCUCCGCACCGGAUUCCUUUCAAAUCCGAUCAACCAGCUCGUGGAAUAAAUUAGCAUGGCUCGAUGUGCGCUAUCUAUAUGUGACUCUCUGGUACGCUGAGCUCCAGUGUCCGUGGGGCGAGAAGGAGGACAGCGUUUCUAGUAGAGAGAACAGUCCAUCGUCCAUCUCAAAUCCCGCAUCUCAUCACUCACCGGAUCCAAUAUCGUCAACCGACCCCAUGGUCAUUGUAGACCCUGAUUCGCCACCUAGUCUCACCUCGUCAAUGUCCACAGACCGCCCGGCCGAUGAACUCCCUGAAUUGCCACCUGGCGUCGGCUCGUCGGAGUUCACAGAGAUUGAAAGCCGAUUUGCUCCGAUCAAAGAAUGGCUGGGGCAAUGUGAGGGAAGCAUCGAUCAUGCAGAAUGCGCAGCGCUUCCUUUCCAGUGGCGUAGCAUUCCGAAAACAGCGUUUAGAUUGAUUGACAUCGAUCGGCGCUGUGUUGUUGAUGCCCCGGAACACUGCUCCUAUAUUGCAGUAGGUUAUGUUUUGAAAGGGGAAGAUAACAUUCAGCUUAAUAAACAAACCAGCGCAACUCUCAUGAGGCCUGGAGGCCUAGAUGCCUUGAUUUUUCGAGUAGCCAGCGUGGUCCAAGACGGGAUCACUGUGUGCCAGGCGCUUAAGGAGAGGUAUCUCUGGGCGGAUUCGCUCUGUAUCAUGCACGACGCUCCGCGUGAUACGAAGUUUCAUAGUCUACGAAUGAACCUGAUAUAUGCCGGUGCCAAAGUCCUUCUGGCUGCCGUCUCUGCUAAAACUGCCAGUCAACGACUCCUGCAAGAAUCAUCCGUUGGGCCGCAUGCGCUUUCGACCGUGGACUCGGCGGAAUCCCUUGAAGCUCUGCUCACAGUCUCGCCAUGGAUGAGGCGUGCAUGGUCCUAUCAGGAAAUGGUAUUCUCUCACAGAGCUAUUCUGUUCACCUCCCAGGGAAUCUUCAUGCAGUGCCAAGAGGGUACAUACAACACAACGGGUACCCUGAUCACUUCGCGGGGCAACAAGAAAGCUCAGGUAAGCACUGUCGGUGGCGUGCUGUGCAAUCGAAGUCAUGGACUCGACUCCUAUCUCUCCGCCGUUGAAGAUUAUUCUCAGCGAGACUUCACAAAGGACAUGGUUCGCAGAGAUGCUUUCAGGGCCAUCUCCCGAGGGUAUCAAGGCUUAGUCGGGAAUCAACCCUGGACCAUUUGGUACGGCCUGCCCCUGUAUGCCUUUGAUCAAACCAUCUGCUGGCGUACGGAUCGACAUCACCCCCACCUCCGUAAUACAGAGUUCCCCAGCUGGUCCUGGCUGGGGUGGAACGACCGAGUCUCAUUUGAUCGAACACUCACUGGGAGGGUGCACACAUGUCAGAUGGUCGAGUUUCCCCACUGGCAUCGGCCAUGUCAAUAUCCUCGCAAGCCAAUCCACCGGAAUCACCAGCAUGAGUUUGGCUUUCCCACAAGCUGCAGGGGCGUUUUCUGGGAACGUCCAUGUCUACACGUAUAUGUUAGCUGUGCGCGAAUGCGCAUUGGUGAUUUCUUCACUGAGUCAGACGGCACGAACGGGCUGUAUCCUGUGUUUCGUCGGAAGGCCGCCCCUGAUGAAGGGCCAGUUUCCUCAACUGAUGUUAUGGAGGGGCUGGUGUUAUCCAGGGAUUUGGGUGAUGGGGACACGGCUAGACGCGAGGUCCAUGAUGCCGGGAGGAGCAUCACACCCUUAGCACAUAUAUGGUUAGAUCGUGGCUGGCGGGAAAAGCAUCAUAAAGAUUGGAUCCUGCAUUUCGUGGCUUUGACGGGGGAAAGGGGCUCGGAUGAAGAUAAAUGGAUCAUCACGAUGCUCAUGGCAGUUGAGCAAUUGAGAGAGGAUGGCGACCUCGUGGGCUGGGAGCGUGUCCAGGUUAUCGAUUGCAGAAUCCACGAGGAUGAGUGGAAGCUAUUGGGGGGUACUGGGGUCCCAAUGCAGUUGUUCUGAUG